CCAUCUUUUCACCACCAACCUUUGCCUUUGACCCGUCCCACCCUCGCGCACCCCUUUGUCUCCUUGCACUCCGCAUCCUGAAUCCCCAAGCCCCCACACCAAUCACUGGAGUGCUCGCUCAGUCCCCGUCUCCCGCCGCCCACACCAAGUAUGCAGCUAGGCUCUGCCUCUUGCCGUCGCCAUGGCUCGGCCAUGUGAGCAUCCUACAGGAGCCGCCAUCUCCCACCUCUCACCGGCGGGUGGCGGCGCCAUGGCCGCUUCUUGGUCCUAGCAGAGAUCAGGAGUUGGGCGCUGCGCUGCCACGCUGCUGAACGUUUGGAGAAGGUGGAGGGCUUGUGUUGACCUGCCUGUUAGAUUCUGCACUUCGGUGUUUCUGAUCAAUCGCUCCUGCCCGGUUCCUGUCUUGUGAAUCCGUCUCCCCAAGCAUGGCUGGGCAAGCGGCAAAGGCGAAGGAGUCAGGGAAAGACGACAGACAAGAACCCGGAGCUGAGGUGAUGAAAGAGAAGGUACUGCCAUCUCACCAGCAGGAAGAGUCUUCAGCGUCUCUGAUGGACAAGGAUUCUUCGGGUGUCUCUGGUGAUGUGUCGCCCGUCCUAGAUGGGGAUUCUGGGGAGUUGAAAGUGGAGAACUUGGAUAUCAAUGGGAAUAAGGAAAAGAAAACGUCUCAGAAGAGCAGCACGAGUGAGGGCUUCGCUUCUGCUAAAGUGAGUGAUGGGACAAGUAGUUUGAGGAAGACCAGUGGUAGUGCGACGAUGAGUACACGGGCUGAUUUCACUGAGAGUGGGAAGAGUAGCAUGUGCCGUGCGAGCACAGGCAGUGACAUUAGUGAUGAGAGCUCCUGCAGCAGCAUGAGCAGUGCCACCACAAAGCCGCACAAGGGGAAUGAUUCAAGGUGGGAGGCAAUCCAUGUGGUGAAGUCCAGGGAUAAUGUUCUUGGUUUGAAUCAUUUUAGACUGCUUAAGAAGCUGGGUUCUGGUGAUAUUGGUAGCGUGUAUCUCUCUGAAUUGAGUGGUACACGGAGCUACUUUGCAAUGAAGGUCAUGGAUAAGACUUCUUUGGCAAGUCGGAAGAAGCUGCUUCGAGCUCAGACUGAGCGGGAGAUCCUGCAAUCCCUGGAUCAUCCAUUUCUACCAACCCUGUAUACUCACUUUGAGACAGAUAAGUUUUCAUGCUUGGUUAUGGAGUUCUGUCCUGGAGGGGACCUUCACACUCUUCGCCAGAGGCAACCUGGAAAAUAUUUUUCAGAGCAAGCAGCAAAGUUCUAUGUAGCAGAGGUGCUCCUUGCGUUGGAAUACCUGCAUAUGCUUGGGAUUAUAUACCGUGAUCUUAAACCAGAAAAUGUCCUUGUUCGGGAAGAUGGCCACAUCAUGCUGUCGGACUUUGACCUCUCUCUUCGCUGUUCAGUAAGCCUAACAGUGAUCAAGUCUGCAAAUCCAGGCCUAGAUGCACUUCAGAGGAACAAUGCAGCAUACUGUGCCCAGCCUGCUUGCAUCGAACCAUCCUGCAUUCAGCCCUCGUGUGUUGCUCCAACUACUUGCUUUGGCCCUCGGUUCUUCAGGAAAUCCAAGUCCAAAUCUAAGUCCAAGAAGGAUAAGUCAAAGCCUGAUGCUCCAAACCAAGAGAACCUAUUCCCAGAGCUCAUCGCUGAGCCAACUGAUGCCCGUUCCAUGUCCUUUGUUGGCACCCAUGAGUACUUGGCCCCAGAAAUAAUAAAAGGGGAGGGCCAUGGAAGCGCGGUGGAUUGGUGGACGUUUGGUAUAUUCUUGUACGAGCUGCUGUUUGGCAAGACCCCUUUCAAGGGUUCAGGCAAUCGGGCUACGCUCUUCAACGUCGUUGGCCAGCCCUUGAGGUUCCCAGAGUCCCCAAUAGUGAGCUUCUCUGCAAGGGACAUGAUAAGGGGAUUGCUGGUCAAGGACCCGCAGCACCGACUUGGAUAUAAGCGAGGUGCUACUGAGAUAAAGCAGCACCCUUUCUUCGAGGGCGUGAACUGGGCGCUCAUAAGAUGUGCGAGCCCUCCGGACAUUCCGAAGCCUGUGGAGCUUGACUGCCGCCCGAAGCAAGUGCCGUCGACAAAUGGAAAGGUCGCACCUGUCGCCAAUCCAAAGGGGCCAGAUAAUUACCUAGAGUUUGAAUUCUUCUAG